UCGUCGCUCUAGCUCGGGGCGUCUGUCGUCUGCCGAUCUUGCGGGGCUGCGGGGCGAGUGCGGGGCCUGUAGACGCCUUUUGGGGAAGGGGCGGGAGGCGGGAGGGUGCGGGCUGGGCCCGCGGCUGCGGGUGGGGGGGUGCACCCCUGUGCCCUGCCAGCCCCAGCGCCCCGAGAUCGCAGAAGCCAAGGUCUUGCCUGGGUGGCUGGACGCGUGGCAGAUUCCAGUCCAGGCCAACUGUCUGACUGCCUGAGGUGCUGGAACAGAAGGAGGUCCAUUCCUGUUUCGUGACAGCACUGCUAGGAUGAGCCAGGCCUAAAGGAGCCAGUAACUGGUCAAGGGAAAGAGGAGGAAACUGGAUGAGCUGCAGCCUCAACACCCCGCUGUUUCAUCCUGGGAAAGGAGAAGGGAAUGUGGGGAACUCCAAAUCUGGACAAGACAGGAACUGUGCAGUCACUUUUAACUGAAAAUGUCUGAUAGUCUGGAUAACGAAGAAAAACCCCCUGCUCCCCCACUGAGGAUGAAUAGUAACAACCGAGAUUCUUCAGCACUCAACCACAGCUCCAAGCCACUUCCCAUGGCCCCUGAAGAGAAGAACAAGAAAGCCAGGCUUCGCUCUAUCUUCCCAGGAGGAGGGGAUAAAACCAAUAAGAAGAAAGAGAAAGAACGCCCAGAGAUCUCUCUUCCUUCAGACUUUGAGCACACAAUUCAUGUGGGGUUUGAUGCUGUCACCGGGGAAUUCACUCCAGAUCUCUAUGGCUCACAGAUGUGCCCAGGGAAGCUCCCAGAGGGAAUUCCUGAACAGUGGGCAAGAUUACUCCAAACCUCCAACAUAACAAAACUGGAACAGAAGAAGAACCCGCAGGCUGUUCUAGAUGUUCUCAAAUUCUAUGAUUCCAAAGAAACUGUCAACAACCAGAAAUACAUGAGCUUUACAUCAGGAGAUAAAAGUGCACAUGGAUACAUAGCAGCUCAUCCUUUGAGUACUAAAACCGCAUCAGAGCCUCCUUUGGCUCCUCCUGUGUCAGAGGAAGAAGAUGAAGAAGAGGAGGAAGAAGAAGAUGACAAUGAGCCCCCACCAGUUAUUGCACCAAGACCAGAGCAUACAAAAUCAAUCUACACUCGCUCUGUAGUUGAAUCCAUUGCCUCACCAGCAGCACCAAAUAAAGAAGUCACCCCACCUUCUGCUGAGAAUGCCAAUUCCAGCACUUUAUAUAGAAACACAGAUAGGCAAAGAAAAAAAUCCAAGAUGACAGAUGAGGAGAUUCUAGAGAAGCUAAGGAGCAUUGUGAGUGUUGGUGACCCAAAGAAAAAAUACACGAGAUUUGAAAAAAUCGGUCAAGGGGCAUCAGGUACUGUUUAUACAGCUCUAGACAUUGCAACAGGACAAGAGGUGGCCAUAAAACAAAUGAACCUUCAACAGCAGCCCAAAAAGGAAUUAAUAAUUAAUGAAAUACUUGUCAUGAGGGAAAAUAAGAACCCCAAUAUUGUAAAUUAUUUAGAUAGCUACUUAGUGGGUGAUGAGCUGUGGGUAGUCAUGGAAUACUUGGCUGGUGGCUCUUUGACUGAUGUGGUCACAGAGACCUGUAUGGAUGAAGGACAAAUAGCAGCUGUGUGCAGAGAGUGCCUCCAGGCUUUGGAUUUCUUGCACUCAAACCAAGUGAUUCAUAGAGAUAUAAAGAGUGACAACAUUCUCCUCGGGAUGGAUGGUUCUGUUAAACUGACUGAUUUUGGGUUCUGUGCCCAGAUCACCCCUGAACAAAGUAAAAGAAGCACCAUGGUUGGAACACCCUAUUGGAUGGCACCUGAGGUGGUGACUCGAAAGGCAUAUGGUCCGAAGGUUGAUAUAUGGUCUUUGGGCAUUAUGGCCAUUGAAAUGGUGGAAGGUGAACCCCCUUACCUUAAUGAAAAUCCACUCAGGGCAUUAUAUUUGAUAGCCACAAAUGGAACUCCAGAGCUCCAGAAUCCAGAGAGACUCUCAGCUGUAUUCCGUGACUUUUUAAAUCGCUGUCUUGAGAUGGAUGUGGAUAGGCGAGGAUCUGCCAAGGAGCUUUUGCAGCAUUCAUUUUUAAAAUUAGCCAAGCCUCUCUCCAGCCUGACACCUCUGAUUAUAGCUGCAAAGGAAGCAAUCAAGAACAGCAGCCGCUAGAACUGCAAACCUUACCCCACACCAUCACCCUCAUGAGUAAGGCUGAAAUAAAACUCUGCUGAAAGAAAUAUGGAAGACAAUGACAGUCAAAUGGGUGGGAGUUCUUUAACUAUCAAAUGAGUAGAUACUUCGUAUAAGCCUUUUUCCUACUCCCUUGGAUUCUGUGAUUUAUUUGUAAGCCUGAAUUGCAGCCAAACAGGGCAGCAAUGCUGAAGUGGCUAGAAAAGAGUCACUUCUACCGUGAAGCGAAAGAGCCAGUAGUGAAUCCCCUCAUUUCGUGCAUACACUUUGGAGAACAAUAUUUCUCAAAGAUGCACAUUUCCUUUUCAUAGUGCUGUGUUUGUUUUUAAGUUAGAGUAGUCCCUCUUGCAUUUAAACCUCCUUCGGAACUCCUUACCCAAUGUGAUGUUUUUCACUUGCAUUGUCAUUAGGUGUUCAAAAAAAAGAGGUCAACACAUCAAAAAAUAAAAUGAAAUAAAAUCAGCAAACAGAAAACACACACACACACACACACACACACACACACCAGAACAAGUACUGUGUGAACUCAUGGAAGUCCAUGUCCUAAUAGAAACUGCAUUUUUGUAUUCUUCUUAAGUGGUGGCUUGUUUUGUGUACCUAUUUUUCUGCCGAUAUCCAAAUGCAGAGGGUAACAUGUGUGCUCAGGAAAAGCUUUUUAAAACCUACAUAUUUAAAUAAAAUUCAAAUGGUGAAAUCCUGUAAACCAACAUUUUCAUGUUGAUAAAAGGUAGUUUAUCUUUUUAUAUAAGCCAAUUU